AUGUACAUCAAAGCUACAAGUCGGAGUACCAAUGACAGGGCUCGUCUUUGGACACCGUUAUAUCCUGCAACGGACGGCCUGUGCAUCGAGUGGUUCUACCACAUGUACGGGGACACAGUGAACACAUUAAAUGUGUACGUAGUCGAUUCUACAAGUACUGUUGGUACACCCGUGUGGACUAAAACAAAUAACCAAAGAAACGUUUGGAUACCUGGACAAGUGUCAGUUACUGUAUAUGGUAUCUAUAAGAUUAUGUUUGAAGGAAUUAGAAGAAGUGAUUACAUAAGUGGCAUCGGUUUAGAUGAUGUCACGAUCACCAAUGGAGCAUGUUUGACACAAGCUUUUGCCCAGUGUGAUUUCGAAGAUCCGAGUAUUUGUAACUUCGUACAAGAUACCAUGGAUGAUUUUAAUUGGACAAGAAAAUCUGCAUCAACACCUUCAUCUAAUACGGGUCCUUCAUUUGACCACACAUACAGAACUUCACAAGGACACUACUUGUACAUCGAAGCUACAAGUCGGAAUACGAAUGGUACCGCUCGUAUUUGGACACCGCUCUAUCCUGCAACAAACCUUGUGUGUAUCGAGUGGUUCUACCACAUGUACGGGGACACAGUGAACACAUUAAAUGUUUACGUAGUCGAUUCUACACGUAUUGUUGGUACACCCGUGUGGACCAAAACAAACAACCAAGGAAACAUUUGGAUACUUGGAAAAAUCUCAGUCGCAGUAUUCGGUAUAUGUCAUAUAAUGUUUGAAGGAAUUAGAGGAAGUAAUUACACAAGUGGCAUCGCUUUAGAUGAUAUCAAGAUCACCAAUGGAGCAUGUUUGGGACAAGUGGUAGAGUCAACGACAGUCGUGCCAACUACACAACAAUCAACAACAGAUAAAUCAACGACAGUCGUGUCAACUAAUGUGGUAGAGUCAACGACAGUCGUGUCAACUACACAACAAUCAACAACAGAUACAACUCAAAUACAGUCAGAAGAUACGAAAAAAUCAGAGUAUUUAUUCAAACAUUCAAGCAAGGAUCUUCUUUUUGGAGUUGGUAUUGGUAUUGCCAUUGGUAUUGCCAUUGGCAUCGUGGCAUCAUUCAUGUGUAGGCGUAUUAUCCUUUGGAAAAGAACUUCAUCUUCAAAGAAAACAGAAAGAACGAAGACUGAAACCCAAGCGAAGGCAACAAGAGAAAAUAAAGACCAAGCAGGGUCAAGCUAA